AUGGCCGACUCACCUUGGCCUUCAAGCGCCAUGGCGGUGCUUGUCACUGUUCCUUCUUGUCUCCGUGAUAGUUGGAUUUCCCCAGAAUGGUCUCAAGACCUUGCACCAUGCGAUAUAGCGGCCCCCAAGACUGAGGUCAUAUGCAUUGUCUGUCAAAAACCGGGAUCGCUCAGAUGUUCUGGCUGCCACGACGCUGAGUAUUGCUCAGCCAGCUGCCAACACAGUGAUUGGGAUAUGCACAAACUGGUUUGCAAAAAGCUAUCAUCUUUUUCCAGCGAACCACGACCAUCAAAGGACCAUUUCAGGGUAAUGAUAUUUCCCUAUGAGGCAUCAAGUCCCGAGUUCUGCUGGGGAGUUUUCAAGAAACAUCAGUUUGGCGAGCAUGAGCUCGUGAUUAUGCACUCGACUAUCUACAGUUGGAAGGCAGCAAUGAAGGGACGAUACAGCAAUGCAGAUAAAUAUAAUCUGAUCGUUCGUGCCCUCAGCCGGGAUAGUGCUACGCAAGGAAAGACUCUCGGGCACGCGGUCAAAACUGCUUCGUGGGAGCCUUACCGUGAAUUCAAAGGCCACCUGGACGGUUUCAAUGAGGCAGUCCUUGCUCUAGCUGGCCCUUUGAGCCGUCGAUUCUAUGGUCCGCUUGUGGCUUUUGCAUAUAAUGUGGACAGUCAGUUUCAUUUCGAAACUAUGGACGACAUAUCAGCUGCUGACUUUGGAGCGUUGGUCGAUGUCUUCCACAAUUCAGACUGGAACCCGACUAUCGCCCGUGAUGAGCGAUAUCCUGGCGAGACGAUUUCGGCAAUUUUCCUUCCCGACCCUUUCAACGUUCAUCGCGUGGGUAGCCCUUAUACAGAAACGAUAUCAGAGAGCCCUGAGCUCUCGAUCCGUGGCAUAAUUGGCGCCCAGGAUACAGUCGUUGAGGUGAAUAUCACUGCUGCACUCGACUCUAAACAGCUUUGCUCGCACAAUCCAUGCGUCCUUGACGCUGUAUCGAUUAAACAGCUGUGUCUCAAUGGGCGAAUAUUUCAUGCGUUGCUACUUGGGCCUCUCCUCUUAGACCUGCCCUGGAUUGGCAGAGUUGCUACAAUCACUGGCGAUCAUCGUUCCUUUCCCAUCUACCGCUGGCAAGAAUCACGCUCCCGCUUUCUACGUCGGGGUGUUAUCCUUUGUUACAGAUUGCUAGGUAUCGAAUUCGUGCGUCAGGGUGAUGGAAUCAUGGUCUUCAAUGCGCUUGGCGUCAAAAUAAGCCCACUCCAUCUGAUUGCUUAUGACGAGUUUAUGUUUCGCCAACUUCAGACUGACAAAUCGAAACGCCAGCUUUCCAAGCUUGGCUUUCUCUCAUUCUGGAACGACCUCAAGUCAGGCGAGGUCAAAAUAACAAAUGAGAUCAAGAAGCAUCAAUAUGCCCCGCUUGACUUUCUUGAAUUUUGGGACGAUCCCAAGGCGGGCGAGACCAACACAAUGAAUCACGUCGAACUCGACUUCUCUAAGGAGUCGUGUCCAUAUGACUGUCCUGCGGAUGCAAAGUCUGUUCUGACUGAAGACGAAAGCCAAGUAUUUCUCUAUGUGAGGAAACUGUUCCGGGACCCAGGCUUUGUGAGAGCCAAUCGGAGAGACUGGUUAGAGAUACUCUAUGAUGCCAAUGUGGAUAUACAAGACAGGAAAUUAGGUCCAGCUUACUGGGCAGAUGAACUGGAUAAGUUCUUUACUAAUUACUUAACCUCUUUAGUAAAUACUUAA